GUAGGAAGUCAUCUACGCGGCAUAGACUAAUUCAAAGAAAAAAAAUACAGGCGAGAUCACAAAGAAAGGCGUGGGGGGAAAAAGAAGUGCAACCAAUCGCACUGAACGCGUACAACACGUGAGUACGAAAACCAGUAGGGUAAAAAUAUACUAGACAAGCUAACGACCUACAUCUCCUCCUAGAUCGUGUAUAAAAUUGGAAGAGGUCGUGUGAAUGAUGACGAAUGCGGUAUCUCAGCAGCAGCCGGAUCCGGCAAAGGAAAUCCAGUAUUGGCUGCAGUACAUCGAAUGCGCAAUGCAACACCCGAUCCUCCCAUCCGGCAGCCACGCCUAUCAUAGUCAUCUCAGCACGGUGCCCGAGAUCCGAGACCUCUACCACUGCAUCUAUAAACUUUACACGGAGGAGAGCAGCUCCCUCAACUUCCGCGAGCCGGUGAACGCGCUUGAAACGGGCGCGUUUAACUACUACCAAGUCGUCGAGCAGCCCUUGAGUUUGCGCGAGGUGUUGGAUCGUAUGGCGGAGGGGAAUUACUACUCCACCGCGGAGCAGGUGCUGCAGGAUAUUGAGUUGAUUUGGACGAACUGCGCGAAGUUCAACGGGCCCACGUCGCCACUCAUGGAGGAGGCAAAGAAGUGCGCCGCGGCGUUGGAGCGCAUUCAACAGCGCUUUGAGGAAGAGAAACCGGCGCCAAAAGCAGCGGUGGAUGAUUUUUUCGAACUCAUGCAGAAGCACGGCACCCCUGAGGUGAACAAAGCACUUUUAGAUUACUUUCAGAAAAACGACCCUAGUGUGCUCGUUGACGAAGAGGUUUUGUUAGAUAACCUAACGAACAAGCAACUGCGGGCGAUUAUUCGUAUUGUAGAGCAGAUUACUCGAAAGAAUUCGUAA